UGCCUACUGUAUCUUCUAGUAAGCUGGAAGUUCGAUUUCAUAGGCUCUGAUGGAGCCUGGCCCCUCCCCUCGGGCUCAUCAUGGAGUCUGCCCCUGGGAAGCCUGGGUUAGAGUCCAGACCACCCACUUUCCGUCUGUUCCCGGAACCUGCAGCUCGGACCCAGGCCCGAAGAGCCUCUUUCUCUUCCGCCCCCAGGCCUCGAAUCGGGUGAGAACCUUUAAACGGAGCCCGGACUAGGCCCAUCUGGGAGGGACCCGGAAGACUGCAAGCCCGCCAGCCUAUGAAACACCCGGGCCCCGCGGAACUCCACCCGGAGCUGGGGUGGCCCGAGACUCUCGUGAAGCUUCCUGUACGAGCCCUCGGCCCGAGAGCCGACCUGUCUCUGUGUCCUCAGGGGCGAAGCGGACGCGGGGAGGCUGCGCGCACGGAGGAGCUCGGGGAAACAGCGGGAUGAACCCGGAGGAGGAGGAGGAGGAGGAGGAGCGCGAGGCAGGAAAAGGGGGCCGCCCGUUUGCCGGGCGCCUCCAGGACAGCCGCAGUUUAGACGGGCUGAGCGGAGCGUGCAGUGGCUGGGGGUCGGGCGGGACCGCUCCGCCCGGCGGCCCCGAGCCGGGGGCGGGCGGGGGCCGCAGAGCCACCAUCUCCAGCGCCCUAGAGCUGGAGGGUACGGUCAGCCGACACGGGGACCUCACCCAUUUUGUGGCUAACAACCUGCAGCUCAAGAUCCGCCUGAGCGGGAAUCCGCAGCCGCUUCCGCCGCCUCCCUCGGCCCGACCGGCCCCGGCUCCCGCACCAACCAUCCCGCCUAUAGAUCCGGAGGUGCUACGAGACCUGGAGCGGCUGAGCCGGGAACUGGGUGCCCGUGUAGAACGGCUGCUUCGCGGGCUCGGCGGCGCAGUGCAGGAGCUGACGGCGUUGAGCGUAGGCUGCAUCCAGACUUAUCGAGACGCCGUGGACUCUUUGGGAGAGGCGGUGGACAUGAGUAUCAAGGGCAUGUACACACUACUGGCUAGAUGCGAGGAGCUAGAGCGGGCCCUGCAGCCAGUCCAGGGACUGGCCCGACAAAUCCGGGACAUCCGCCGCACCCUAGAAGUGCUGGAGGCUCUCUGCAAAUGACUGGCACCCUACACUUAGGGAAAGGGUGGUUUGGUAUAUGAUGGUGCGACAAGACCACCAGGGUACCCUCUGCAAUCUCCUGUAUCUCCCAACCUCAAUCCCUUAAGAAAUCGGAGAGGGAGUAGACGACAGUUGCCGGGAGGGAAAGGAGAAAAAUAACUUCUUACAUGUAUCCAGUGGUCUUCUUCCCAUUGUAUGGGAUUUCUUGGGUGUUCCAGAUGAGCUCCUCUUACAGAUAUGUUGCAGGAAAGCUUUCUUGUGUGUUGGGGGUGGGAAUGUCUUCCAGAUGAGACCCAAGUCCUUUUUAGAGUGGUAGUCCAGUUCUACCCUGCCCUGCCCCUGAAGUGCCACUCCUAGCUGAAGCAUCAUCCCCUAGGGAGCUAGAUGAAAACCUUAGGUAUGCUUUGGCACCAUGUUCCAAGGUAAAAAAGAUGUGGUUGUGAGAGGGGAACAAAAAAGAAACUUUAGCCUCAGCUGUAACUAACCAUAUUGCUGCAGCUAACUGGAGGGGCUGACUGACAGUUGGUGAAACUUGAUGUCCCCAGUUAAACUUGUAUUUAAUGGCAAGGAAUGCCCCAGGCUUUCCACUGUACCCCCAAAUUUUGUCUUUACCCAUAUAAGAUGUGCUUCCAACAAGGGUGAAGAGAGAAGUUUACUGGAUCCUGAAUAUUUGGGUUCCUGCAGGGAGUAAGGCCUAGGUGUUGAACUUGGGUUAAUUUCUUUAGAAUUCAUAUGAGAACUGUUGAUUGUUUUGAACCUGCUGUGAAGUUUUCUGAUCUUGGCCUAUGAGUCAACAUUUUUGACUUUCUGAGUUGUGUGGAAUUAAAGUGCUGCUGCUGUUAAAAA